AAAAAAUAUUCUCAUACCCUGUGCUCCCACUUCGACCCCUGUUCUCCCAAUUCGUUACCUUAACCCUCGAAUUCCCCCUCUCUGAAACCCGUACCGUAGCCCUCGAAUCGAUCUCUGUCUCCUUCAUCGGCCGCCAAGAUGCCGGCGACGGCGGGAAGGGUGCGGAUGCCGGCGAACAACCGGGUCCACAGCAGCGCCGCCCUCCAGACCCACGGGAUCUGGCAGAGCGCCAUCGGUUACGACCCCUACGCCCCCACCAAUAAGGACAAGGACAGCUCCAAGGGCCACGCCGACAACUCCGGCGUGCCCGGUGACGACGGCGCCGAGAACGCCUACGCCAGCUUCCAGGGCAUCCUCGCCCUCGCCCGCAUCACGGGGUCCAACUCCAACGAGACCCGCAGCUCCUGCAAGAAGUGCGGCCGCGUAGGCCACCUCACAUUCCAGUGUCGCAACUUCCUCAGCGUCAAGGACGACAAGGAUAAGGACGCCGCUGCCCUUCAGACUGCCACAACCGUCUUCGAGAAGAUCAAGAAGGCCGCUGGGAAGAAGGACGAGGAGGAGGAGAGCGAGGAGGAGGUCGACGAAGAAGAGGACAGUGAGAGCUCGGAUUCUGUCGUGGACCCGGAGAUUGAAAAGAUCAUUGCUGAGAGAUUGAGAAAGAAGAAAUCUUCUUCCAAGAAGAGAUCGCUGGCGGAAGAAGACUCUGGGGAGGAGAAGAAGGGGAGUCGAAGGAGGAGAGGGAGGUCCAAGAAGAGGAGCGGGAAGAGGUCGAGCCGGAGUGAUGAGACUGAUACCGAGGAGGAGGAUAGGAGGAGGGAGAAGAGAAGGAGGCACAGACGUUUGUAUGAUGAUGAGGAAGAGGAGGAUGGGGGCCAUAGGCACAGGAAGAGUAGGAAGGAGAAGAAGAGGCGUAGAAGCCAUCAUAAGAGGGAUGAGUCCAAUGAUGAGUCAUCAGAAGAGUCUGAUAGUGAUGGAUCACUGGAUGAUUGGAAGAAGUCCAGCAGGCACCACGAGUACCGGAGGAAGAGGAGUGCUGCUUCCUCUGAAAGUAGUGGAUUGGAUGAUGAAGAGUCUCGUGGAAGAAAGGGGAGGAAGCGGUCCGAGGACAGUAGCAGGAACCAUAAGCAUAAAGAGAAGGAUUGAACAAGGCAAUGAAAAUGAAGUCCCAAAAUCCCUCAAAAACGUGUCCAACCUGUGUCACAGCUUUUUGGCCGUCGGAUGGCGUUUGGACGCUCCAGAUCUCGCCGAAAUUCACCGCAUCAGGCCUUAUCAAAGUCGGAUUCGAUAUCAUCCGUCCGAUCUUGCAUCAGAUUAGCUCUGGACUGUCGGAUGGCACCAAAAACAAAUCCUUCUGUUUAGUUUUCCCAUCGGCAACGAACCAAGACCGUCCGAUCUCGCUUCGGAUUGCUUGGAGCCGUCAGAUCGCAUGUUAGGAGUGGGCCACCAUUGAUGGAUAUGGGAAGGAGCUCCCUCAGCCGUCCGAUUGCGUGUUCAAUGCCUCUCAACCGUUCGAUCGCACAAAAACUCAGCCGCCCUCUCAUAAACCGUGACAAAGAUCGGGUGAUUUUUUUUGUG